ACUGCGCGCGUAGUAUCAAAAAACCGGCUCCAACCGGCGUAGUAGUAGGUGAGGUAAGGUACAGCGCGUAGUAUCCAACCGGAUUCAACCGGCUCUGUAGGUAGGGUAUAUAACGUGGGGUGCCUGUAGGAGAAUAACGAACGACAAUCAAAAGGCGAGAGGGCUGUGUUUCGUGGCGCUGGUGUCCAGUUGCCGGACGUGUGCCUGUACCGCUGACUCCGUUUUGGCUCAGCACGUGAACAGAGGCUAGCUGAGCGCGUGUGACAACGUGUAUUCACCCGCUCACUCAUCCGCCUUUGACGGUCCUCCUUAAAAGCCGGGGUGCUGGCUCUGCGGCCUUGUGACGAGCACUAGUGGGCGAACGGCCAUAGGACAAUCUUCCCCGCUCUGCGACGGUUUUGCCUGCCUUUCGCCCAUUCAUUCAAGGAAGGGAAAAGUCGCGACAAAGGUCAUCACACCGCCCCUGACGACAUCUUCUCUGUCCGCUGCUGCCUGUCAAUCACCGUGACGUCAUGGCCUACGUCGUCAACCCCAGGGAGUCACGCCCCUUCAGCUUCCUGCACCCUGCCAUGGGCGGGGCCCAGACACACCCCACAGUCACCGCCUUCCUGCAACUCGACACCGAACAGAUAAUCAUCAGAUACUGCAAGGAACACAAGGAGGUCCAGCCGGAAGCUCUGUGGAAACUCCUGACGUACCAGCCUAAACACUUCCGCUGGGCCGGGGCGGAUCUGUUCCCGGGCGUGACCGCGGCCGGGCGGCGCGAGAUGGUGGUCCUGGAGGUCAACUCGUGCCCUAGCGGGCAGAAGUACAUGCCGCACGGCACGGGGAUGGACAGCGGCUACCACAAGCUCAUGGGCGAGACGUUUCGCGACACGGUGUCCAGCAGGUGCGACCCUUCUCUCCGCAACAGGCCCCUGGCGGUCGUGCUGGACAAGAACAACCUGGAGAACAGCGGCUACGCAGCGGCCUUGGCAGACAUCACGAAGGAGCCCGUGUACGUGGUGGAGAGUUACCUCUCCCAGCCCAGAGAACAGAACAUCCGCUGGACGGACGGCGUCAUGGAGGUGCGGGACGUGGAGGACCAGUGGCACACCGUCCGAGCCGCGUUCCGCUACGUCACGCAGAAACCCUGGACGCGCAUCCCCGUCGGAGCCACCAAGACCGUGGUCUUCAACCCGAUCGCCUGCUGUCUCUCCGGCGGGAGGAACAAGCUUCUGGCCGCCAUGGCGUACGAAGACUUCAACCAGCAGCAGGGAGGAACGGGGCUUCGCAUCAGGAUCCCGCGUACGUUCAUGCGGGUGACCAAGGCCCAGAUCCCGACUGUCGUCCAGGCUCUACACGGCAAGGCCGUCAUCAAGGUCCCCUACAGCAACUUCAUGGCUUACGUGGUUUAUCCCAGCCAGGCCCGGCCUUUCAGUUUCCUCCACCCGGUGUUACAGGGCUCCCGCCUUCAUACGACAGUAGCGGAGUUCCUACAACUAGACAAGGAGCAAGUCGUCUCCAGAUACUGCGCCACGCACAAGGACAUCAGUCCCGACUCCGUGCGGGAGGUCCUGUCGUACCAACCCGAGCACUUCCGCUGGGCCGGGGCGGACCUCUUCCCGUGUAUCACCGCCACAGGGCAGCGAGAGAUGGUGGUCCUGGAGGUGAACUCGUGUCCCUGCGGGCAGAAGUACAUGCCGCACGGGACGGGGAUGGACAGCGGCUACCACAAGCUCAUGGGGGAGACCUUCCGGGACGUCAUCGGCGGCAAGUGUGACGAGACGCUGCGAGACGCUUCGCUGGCGCUCGUGCACGACGACAGCGUGUUUGAGAACGGCGGGUAUAAACUGGCGCUGGCCGACCUGACCCAGGAACCGGUGUUCGUCGUGGAGAGCCGCAUCGACCAGCCGCCGGAGGAGCAGACCAUGCGCUGGACGGACGGCGUGAUGGAGGUGAGGGACGGGGAGGGCCAGUGGCACGCCAUCCGGGCGGCAUUCCGCUACGUCACGCAGAAACCCUGGACGCGCAUCCCGCUCACCACCAAGACUGUCCUCCUCAACCCGAUCUCCUGCUGCCUGGCCGGCGCGAGGAACAAGCUCAUGGCGGCCAGGGCCUACGAGGAGUUCAACAAGCACCAAGAGAGAAGCGGUCUCUGCAUCCGGACGCCUCGCACGUUCAUCGGAGUCACCAAGGAGCAGCUCCCGGCGGUGGUGAAGACUGUUGGCGGGAAGGCGGUCAUCAAGAACCCCUUCAGUAACUCCGGACACGGCAUCUACACCGUCACGUCACAGAAGGAACUGGACGACGUGAUGGCGCAGGACCUCGGGUACGAGAGGUUCGUCGUCCAGAGCCUCAUCGGGCACGAGAACUGGUCGACGUCGCGGUGGCACCACGCGGGCACCGUGCCGGACAAGGACGGCCACAGGUACAUCUUCGACGUGCGGCUGAUGGUCCAUGCGACACCUAGCGGAUUCAGGCCGACUUGCUCCUUCAGCAGGCGUGCAGAUCGACCCCUGCCGGACCAAGUGGACGACACCGCACCGUCGUGGAGCUACCUGGGCACCAACCUGUCUCUAGACGACAGCCUGACCGCCUGGCAAGCCGACGCAGACCGGCAGUCCGACGUAGACAAGCUCCUGACCGUGGACUGGGAAGAUUUCGACAAGCAGGGUCUCGGGCUGGAUGAACUGGUGGACGGGUUUGUCCAGACGGUCAUGGCAACGACGGCCAUCGACAAGAUGUGCCGCAGCCUGACCAGGCAAGACGGGUCGUUUGAUCUGGAGAAAUUCCACAAGCUGGCAGACGACAAGAAAAUCCUGUCAGAAAUCCAAGAGUGUGUGCAAAAUUAGGGAUGUGCAACAAGCAGCUAGUAGUAGGACACUCUUACCAC